CUCAUCAACAACAAUGUCUUCUUCUUCACUUACACUCUUCUUCUUCUUCUUCUUUGCUUCCACAUUCCUCUACACAUCAACAAACUCAUUCAACAUCACAAACAUCUUAAACCAGAACAAUGAGUUCUCCACUUUCAACAACCUUCUCACCCAAACCAACCUCGCCUCCGCCAUCAACUCCCGUCAAACCAUAACCGUCCUCGCCCUUUCCAACGACGCAGUGUCCCACUUCUCCGACCAAUCAGCCGAAGACAACAAGAAAGUCCUCAGCCUCCUCAUCAUUUUAGAUUACUACGACAUCAAGAAACUCAGAAGCCUGAACAAAAAAUCAGUAAUACUCACCACUCUCUUCCAAGCAAGCGGCCAAGCCAAAGGCGAACAAGGGUUCGUAAACGCAACCGUUAUGGACAACGGUGACGUUAUGUUUGGAUCUGCGGUUCCUGGAUCUAUCCUUGACUCUAAGCUUAUAGACUCUGUUGCCACACAUCCAUAUAACAUCUCGGUGCUUCAUAUUGAUAGUUCCAUACGUUUCAUGAAUCCUGAUGGUUCUUUUGAUGUUGGUUCAUCAUCUAAACCACUUCCUCCACAACCUCCUAAUGAUGAUGAUUAUGAAUUUGACGAGCCACCAUCCCCACCUUCCUCUACUACUAAGCCCGUUGUUGCUGAUGCUACUGCCGCUACUGCUAAGCCACCUUCUGCUGCUACCGCUAAGCCACCUUCUGCUGCAAAAGCCAACUCAACAAGUGGGGUUUCAGCGAUUAGUACUCCUAACUUUGCGUCUGCGUUCGUGAUCUCAUCAUUUUGGUUGUUCAUGACGGUCUGGUGAUGUGAUGGUUAAGACUUGACGGCCAUGAAUAACAGAAUGCAAGAAUCAAAAAUAUCAGAUCAGCUUUUUGAGAGCCAGAAAAAAAAGAGGAGAUUGGAAGCAAAGCUUUUUCACCCAAAACACAAAGAACACUUCAAGCUUCAGAAGUUCUAUGGAAUAAGGCAACAAUAUCUCUAGAAGAAAUAAAGUGAUUGAUGAUUCAAUAAGGAGAGAGGAAGUUGUAAAACUCAAAAGCUGUUUAUUUAUUUGGAUGCUUGGAUAAGUUGUAAGAGAUUUUAAUUGGAAGCCAAUAAAGAAAACACAAACUUGCAAGGCU